AAAUUUAUUGAUGUUUGGGAACGUAUGACAUCGUCUAAUUUUGAUCGUACAAAACCGAUAUUUCUCUUCAAUGAUGGACCAGUAACUGUGGCAGCUAAACAAGGCGGUAUUCCCUUUCUUGAAGAUAUCGAUCUGCCAACUCAAGCGGUGAUCGAACGACUAAAUCCGAUGCUUGAAUCAAGUCCUACAUUUGUACUUACUGAAGAUAUAACAAGUCAUACUGAAAAAAGUCAACUUGAUAUAACAUUAUCGAAUCAAUUCCAAAUUUUUGCCAGUAUUCAUGAAGAACAAUCUCAACAAUUACUUAAAUUGAAUCCAGCAACACGUUCACGUUUUACAGAAAUAUAUGUUCCAAUUUAUUCAGAAAAGAUCUUCAAAAUCUUGUCAAAUCAGAAUUUAACAAACAUGGAGUGA